AUGGCCGAAUUAGAGACAUACAAGGGCUACUAUCUCUGGCGCUAUGUGCCCUCGCUAGCAGCGGCCGUCAUCUUCCUCAUUCUCUUUCUACUGGCAACCCUCUUUCAUUCGUGGAAGAUAUGGAAGACACGGACCGUGUUUUGCAUCGUUUUUGCCAUUGGUGGACUAUUCGAGGUUAUAGGAUUUGGAGCACGAGCGUCCGCCCAUAGUCGCACCGGUAGCGUCUUGACAUUUUCCAUCCAGAAUGUGUUCAUCCUCCUCGGACCGACCCUCUUCGCCGCCACUGUCUAUAUGACAUUAGGACGUAUCAUUCGCAGCGUCCGUGCAGAGCAAUACUCGAUGGUGAGAGUAGAUUGGUUGACCAAGAUCUUUGUGACGGGGGAUGUCUUGUCAUUCCUACUUCAAGGAACCGGAGCGGGCAUAAUGGCCACGGGAAGCAAUGCAUCACUUGGUCAAGACAUUACCAUGGUCGGUCUAGUGGUACAAGUGGUAACUUUCACCCUAUUCAUCAGCACCGCGAUAAUCUUCCAAGUCCGGAUGCACCGUUACCCAACUCGUCAGGCUUUUGACAUCGAUCUUCGGUGGAAGAAACACCUCUAUACGCUCUAUGCGGUCAGUUCGUUGAUUCUGGUUCGGUCUAUUUUCCGAGUAGUAGAGUAUGCGAUGGGUCAGGAUGGGUAUCCGCUCACUCAUGAAUGGACUCUGUAUAUCUUUGAUGCGGUUUUGAUGUUUGGUGCUAUGGUGAUUCACGGCGUGUUCUUCCCGAGUGAGUUGCGAGUCGAACGUCCGAAGAGCGUCGAGAGUGGUGGUAUGGCAUUGGACGGCGCAGAGGGUGUUUAA